CCUUGCUCGCUCCUUCCAACCGCAUUCUACGACUAACUUCUAGGACAAUUCUAACGACCAUCCAUAAUACCGCACCAUGUCUUCCUUCGCUGCGCUCAUGGCCUUGAGUGCCACACAAACCCGGGAGUCCGAGGCAGCCGUGCAGUCCGCGCUUGCCCAACGACAGCGCAAAGAGGCACAGCGACGCAAGGAGCAGGAGGAGCGGGAUCGCAGAGAGCGUGAGCUCGAGGUUAAGAUGCGGCUGAAGCGGCUCGAGGAGGAGAAGCGGGAGCAGGAGCGGCAGCGGCGCCAGGAGCAGGAGCGAGAGGCCCGAGAGCGAGAACGGCGCCGCCGGGAGGAGGAGGAACGCGACCGCCUGCGAUAUGGGCCCAAGAAGCCGGCCUCGCGGACGGACAGCAAGGGCUACCCGCUGUCGGGUGCCAUUAUGCGCAGGGGCCGCUCGUCCUCGUCUGAUGACGAGUCCUCGGCGGCGAAUGCGCUGACGCGCGAGGAGAAGCGGAAGCGCCGUAUGGAGCUUGAGCUGCGGCAUGGCCAGACGACCAGGCGGUCCACACACUCGUCGGGCUAUGGCAAGGCGGACAAGCAGCUGCCCGGCGGGGCGGUGGAUAUCACGACGACGGCGACGGGCACGAACAAUGCCUCCUCCGUCCCGAACAACUCGUUAUCUGUGCGCCAGCGUCUCGCGUCUACGCCGGCGAUGCUCAUCAAGCUGAACGUGAACAAACGGGACACGCGGACGAUCGAUGAGAUCCUGCAGGAUAGGGCAAAGGCGAAGGCCAACGUCCUGCAGGGCGAGCAGGCGAAGGAGUUUAGUGAUUGGUUUGGGAAGGGGAAGACGGUCGCGAAGAAGGACUCGUCGCAGACGGACUCGGCCUCUACGUCUCGAGCCCACACUCCAGCAGCUACCUCUGCGAAGGUUGCGAGCGGCUCAGCAUCCCCUGCAGGUCGCCCCCCCAGCGUCUCUAAGCCCACUGCCCCUGCCCCCACGUUUAAACCGGCUGCCGCAGGCCAGCGCCCAACAGUUGCGAAGAACGCGUCUGUUAAGAGCGCCGCAUCCAAUAGCGCGAAAUCUACCGUUGCAAGCUCCAGAUCUACUGUGGCUUCCUCGAAAUUCUCUGUCUCUUCUUACAAGCCGCCACUCAAAAAACGGCCUCGUUCUCCUUCGCUCAGUCCAUCUCCUUCUCCGCCUUCCAAGAAGCGCGGCUCUGUCCCGAACGACAUCAGCUCCGAGAUCUGGAAGCUGUUCGGCAAGGAUCGUUCGCGCUAUGUCGCAGACGAUGUCUUCAGUGAUGAUGAUAUGGAGGCUGGCGCAAGCGAUCUGGAGCGAGAGGAGAUGAGAAGUGCUCGUAUUGCUAAGCGAGAAGAUGAGUUGGCCAUGGAAGAAGAGCGGCGUCACGAAGAGGAGAAACGCCGCAAGCGCAGGGAAAAGGAAUUGCGAGAGAAGCAACGCAUCAGCAGCUAAAGUACGCGCGAUUCUUCAUUGCUGCUUCUCAAUCGCCUCGGAUGGUGGGGAGACUAUGAUAAUGUGUGAUCG